AUGGCUGGAAUUGUUGCGAAAUCUGUUGAGGUAUCAUCGGUUGAGGUUGCUGUUGCUGUGACUGCGGCUGCUGAGGAGCUGGAGGCAAUGACACGGACGUUGGUAGAAUCCACUGACGUUGCUGUUGUUGCUGCUAAAGAUGAAGCAGUAACUGUUGUUGUCGUACUCGCAGUCACAGAUGUCGUUCCAGGACCAGAGCCAACUGUUGCAAUAGCAGUUUUGCUUCCUUUUCCUCCACGACUACCCUUCCCUCCACGUACAGACUUUGUCACUGCUGCCGCUGUUGAGGCUGCCCCUCGGGCUGUUUUGCUCGUCGACGCCUUCUUCCUGUUAGUUGAGGACGCUGCUGUUGCCACUGCGGCUGUUGCUGGAACUGUUGUUGCUGCAGACAUAGCGGGUGUUGCUAUAGAUGCGGUAACUGCUGGCGUAGAUACAGGUACAUUCGCAGAUAUUGUCACAGGCACAUUAGAGCCUGAGAUGGAGGUGGUGGUAGUAAUGGUUGCAAGUAUAUCACCACCCAUCUCACCUUCAUUCUUCGUCUCAACCACUUCACCCUCUUCUGUACCUACAGAGGCUGCUGUCCCCGGGAUUAUGCUGUUGCUGCUGUUGCUCUGA